AUGCUGAAAUCACACUAUUCGCGGAAUCAGCCCGCAUGGAGAUAUCGCUCAAUCCUCGGGGCGGCACUAAUCGCUCUAAUUCUGGCCGCGUGGUUUGGUCGCCAUCUCCUCUACACGACAUGGACUCUAGCCGCUCUGCGCUUGUUUUGGCACGACAACGCCUCCCAGUUUAUUCUCUCGGAGAGCAACGACGACUUCGACGUGACCUUUGCCACAUACGACAGGAACCAGAUCAGUGCCCAACCCUACGAGGACCUCGUCCCUCCCAUUCUGCACCACAUCGCCCUCGGGGACAACGAAGGCCGAUGGAAGAGCCGAUGGGGACAUGCUGUGCAAAGCUGCCUUGACAUUCAUCCCGGCUGGGAAUCGCACAUUUGGACCGACGACAACGCCGGUCGGUUUGUCUCGGAAAAGUUCCCCGAGAUGAAGGAGCUCUGGGACAAUUACCACUACCCGGUUGAGCGGAUCGAUGCUCUGAGAUAUAUGCUCUUGUACGCGUACGGCGGCGUGAUUCUGGACAUGGACCUCAAGUGCAAGCGAGGUCUCGGGCCGUUGCGUCGCUUUCCUUUCGUCGCGCCCGAGGCGCAUCCCACCGGCUUUUCCAUUGGCUUCAUGAUGGCCAGCAGGGGAAACAGCUUUGUCGGCGACAUUGUCCGCAACCUGACGGUGUACAAUAAGCAGUGGCUCGGCUUGCCCUAUGCGACCGUCAUGUUCAGCACGGGAUGCCACUUUGCAUCAGUCAUCCACGUUUACGAGUCGAAUCGGACCGACCUCAAGAUCCUGCCCGGCCCCAUGCACAGCUUAAACGGACGGGCCUCGACCCCCAUUUUCGACCACCUGGGCAGCUCGUCGUGGCACUCGUACGAUGCGAAGCUGAUUGUGACCCUGGGCAGUCGGAUCAACCUGAUAUUCUUCUUCUUCGUGGGAGUCGCGCUGGCGCUGUUUUUAAGGAGAAAGUCGCUCCUGCGACGAUUUUAG